AUGCCCCUAGGCGAUGUCAUCGUCCCUCAUGCCGUAGGGCAGUCCUUUGAAGAAGGUUACGAAUUCCCCUUACUGAAUACUCCCUGUGAUUCACUGCAUGAAAAGGGAAGCGAGAUCCGGAGCUCCACAUCUACGCCAACACCGAGCAAUCCUAUCGACCCAGGGAACGCUGAGAAUCAUUUACUUUCCAGUGGCGACCCGGGCGAACUUACCAUGUCUAAUCUCUACGGCCUUGGUAGAAGAGAAGAGUGGAUGAGCGAGGGAAACCGCAUGCAUGAAGACCAUGAACUUCCUGCCGAUGUCCCAACCUCCGGUUCCGCAUCCUUCCAACAAGCAGAUGAAAACGGUCGAAUAAGCACUCCCAUGCAACCCUCCCAAACGCCGUCAUUUGACCAUCCCCAAAGCCAUGACGGAAGUCGUUCUGGAAGCGGUGAGGGUGGUCCCGCCGAUGGCGGCCCAUCGGAAGCUGGGAGCCUGUGCAAUCAGAGCCCGUCCUUCCCAGGAGGAGCUGCAUCUACUGGUGUGGGGAACCCUGGAGAUUUGCAUAAAGGUCUAGACAGCCAAGUUCAAGCGCCCUAUCAGUCGACUUGUUCUGCAGAUCAAACUCACCAACACUGGCUGAGACAGUGGGCAUCCAAGGAUAAUGAAGUACCGGUGUCCACAGUCGAACCUUCACGUGAUCCCAACGUGACAGUCAGGCCCCCAAUUAACUAUUGCCCAAGCGAUUAUGCCCGCCAGGUGCCCGCCAACUGGGCCAUCGAUUGGUCCGAUCAAUGCAAUAACCUCGUAUCGGAGCAGUUCCGAAACUACUACCAAUCUGUGAAUCCCCAUUUCCCGGCCAACUUUUACUGA